UAUAACCGAUGUGUCGUCUGUGAAGUUAGUAUCUAUAUCUGUAUGACAUCUAGAACUUAUCUGUAGUGGUGCCUACACCGUUAGUGCAUGGUUCAUACUUGCAUCUGUCUCUCAGAAGUGUGAAUUGUUGACACAAUAUAAUUUGUAUAUAGUUCUCAAUAUUUUUAAUUAAUGACGAUUACCAAAAAACGUGUUUUUGUCAUAACACGUUAACGAUAUGUUAUUUAACAUUUAAAAACUACUUAUAUGUUUGUUAAACAUAAAACUUUAAGUUUUGAUCUCAUUUUAUCAUUUACCACGUAUACAAGAGUGUGUAUACAAUAUACGAGACCAAAACUAUAGAACAGUAUGUCAAACGAAAUUGUUGAUGUUCCAAAUAAACGAAUAAUGACGACAUGCGCCAAUGUAUCAGAGCAAGCACAUCAUGUAUCAAGAGCUAAACGUGGACAAGCGGUAGGAAGUGUCAGAGGCUUCCGUGGAUGUACAGUUUGGUUAACAGGUCUUUCCGGUGCAGGGAAAACUUCUAUAGCAUUUCAAGUUGAAGCUAUUUUAGUUAAUCAUGGAAUCGCAGCUUAUGGACUUGAUGGAGAUAACGUAAGAAGUGGUUUAAACUGUAAUCUUGGCUUUAGCAAGGAAGAUAGAAAAGAAAAUAUAAGAAGAGUUGCAGAAGUAGCUAAAUUGUUCGCUGAUAGUGGUCAGAUUUGUUUAUGUAGUUUUGUGUCACCUUUUGAAGAAGAUAGACAAAUGGCAAGACAGAUUCAUAAAAUGUCAGAUCUUCUCUUUUUUGAAGUUUUUGUUGAUACACCUCUUAACGUAUGCGAAGCUAGGGACACAAAAGGAUUAUACAAAAAGGCACGUCAAGGAGCUAUUAAAGGUUUCACUGGAAUAGAUCAAAUGUAUGAGAGACCAUUAAAUCCUGAUUUAAUAGUAACCACUGUAAAUUGUACCCCUGAAGAAUCAGCUGCAACAGUCAUUGAUUUCUUGGAGAAACAAUAUAUUAUUCCGCAACUUCAAACUGCGAUACCUGUACGGGAGUUAUUCGUUCCAGAAUCACGAGUAGCAUCUGUUAAAGCAGAAGCUUCUAUACUUCAAAGUUUAGAAAUUAAUAAAAUAGAUUUGCAAUGGCUCCAAGUCUUAGCAGAAGGUUGGGCUGCACCUCUCACAGGAUUUAUGAGAGAAGACCAAUACCUUCAGGCACAGCAUUUAAAAUGUUUUACAUACGAUGAUAAGGAAAUUAAUCAAUCUAUCCCAAUAGUCCUUGCAAUAAGUACAGAGGACAAAGAACGAUUGGAUGGACUGUCAGCUUUUACACUGAAAUAUAAAAAUAAGGCUAUUGGAAUAUUACGUAGACCAGAAUUUUAUUUUCACAGAAAAGAAGAGAGAUGUGGAUGGCAAUUUGGUACUAACAACAUAGGUCACCCGUAUGUUAAAAUCAUUUAUGAAUCUGGAGAUUGGUUGGUAGGAGGUGACAUAGAAGUCUUUAAACGAAUUAGAUGGCACGACGGUUUGGAUAAAUAUAGGCUUACGCCAAAUGAAAUUAGGGCAAAAUGUAAAAAAAUGAAAGCUGAUGCUGUAUUUGCAUUUCAACUUCGAAAUCCUAUACAUAACGGCCAUGCAUUAUUAAUGCAAGACACGAAAAAACGAUUACUAGAGGAAAGAGGAUUCAAAAAUCCUGUAUUACUUUUACAUCCAUUGGGUGGAUGGACUAAAGAUGACGAUGUGCCAUUGCACACAAGAAUUCUUCAACAUGAAGCCAUUCUUGGUGAAGAGGUAUUAGAUAAUAAUUCUACAUUAUUAGCAAUUUUUCCAAGUCCAAUGAUGUAUGCUGGACCAGUUGAGGUACAAUGGCAUGCAAAGGCCAGAAUGAUUGCAGGUGCAAAUUUUUACAUUGUUGGAAGAGAUCCAGCUGGUAUACCACAUCCUGAUAAAAGUUCAAUUCCUGAUGGAAAUCUUUAUGACCCAACUCAUGGAGCUCGAGUUCUUUCAAUAGCUCGAGGUUUACAAAAUUUAGAAAUAAUACCAUUCAAAGUUGCAGCAUAUGAUAUAAAACAUAAAAAAAUGUCUUUCUUUGAUCCAACACGAAAAGAAGACUUCGAAUUUAUAUCAGGGACAAAAAUGCGUGGGUUAGCAAAAGCAGGUGAAAAUCCACCUGAUGGAUUUAUGUCACCCAAAGCAUGGCUUGUUCUGGCACAAUAUUAUCAAAAUUUAGAAAAAUAACGAGUUAUUAGAAGAAUAUUAGAAAAAUAUUAAACACUUUAAUGAACACAUUCAACAGAAUAAAAUUAAUUUUAUAACUGUUGUAUUAAAAUUGCUACACCUUUGUAUAUUUGUACAUUAUUCGUGUAUAGCACAGUGAUUUCUAUAUUUAUCUCUGCAUUAGAUAAAAGUAUCUAUACACUCAUUGUACAAUGUAUCCGUUAAUUUUAUUUUAUAUAUAAAUACAAAAUCUAAUUAUAUUUUCCAUACAUAUUUUAUAUGAAUAUACAUAGCAUCGAUAUAAGAUACAUAUUAUUGCAUAUACAUUUUAAAAAUGUAUAUUUUCUUAUUAUCUAUAAUCAUGUAUGAGUUUUAUGUAUAGUCAACAAGUUUUUGUAUGUACAGCAAAGAUAUUGAAACUUUAUAGACUAUCAAAUAGAAAAAUUUGAUAUUCCAAUUUCAUUUUAUUGCCACAAUAAAAUACAGCUGUUUUACAGAUGAAAAAUUUAAUAAUACGAAAAAAUAAAUAAAAAUUAAAAUAUUAAAUUGCGCUG